GAUAACUUCCAGUUAGCGACACUACGAGCAUAGUUAUUUUAUAAUGUAUGUCCGAACUGGGGGAAAAAUAUAUAAAAGCGUUGGUCGAAUGUAUUAUUUUAGGAAUAAUGUAAUGUUUGCAAACCUUAAUUUAAAAGUGUAGUUAGCUUGCUAAUGCUAAUCCAUUCGCAUUAAGCGUUGAGUGUUGUGAGGUGUUUCAGACGGAGCUUGUCGGUUGUUUUCGCUGUAAUGACUGCUCUGAGCGGCCCCACGCCUUCUGAAGGACAGCAAAGUCCAGGGAGAAACUGGGUUGUUUUACCUCCAUCCCGAAACGUCCACAACAGCAACGAUUUAGCUGCUGUCAUGUCCCAAACCAAGCUAUUGUUCAGUGAAGCCUUCCCUGCAAGUACCAGCAACCGUGCCACCCAUGUACGCCCGCCAGCCCCCAUCGUGAUAGAAAGGCUGCUGCCACUGUCAGAGGAGCGUGAGAAUGUAGAAAGCACCAGAAGCUCCAUCAGCUUCACCACUCUGUCGGAGGAGAGACUGCGGGCUGCGGUGCGGCUGGCCAAGCGAGAUCUGAGACGUAGGCGCCUUGAUUCACUGACAAAAUCCCCUGCCAAACUCUCUCAGGACGCCUCCCUCCAUGAAACAAGUGAUGUAGAGCUGCUCAAGGAGCUUACCUCCACUCCGAAUAAGACCAAGUUUAAGACCUCCAGUCCAAAAAUAAACUCAGCCCGAUCUGGAGCCAAAUUGGCAGCGAACAAGCCCCAGAAACGUCCCAUUGGUUCCAUGCCUCGGAUUGGCCAGUCGCCUCCAACCAGGGACCCUGGCCCAAGGCAAUUUGAAGGAGGCAAACAUGCACCUUUAAGCCAGGAGGUCGCCAAGCUGCAAAAUGAGCUGGAAGUGUACAUUCAGAAAAUAGAAGCACUCUCCAAAAGAGGGGGGGAAAUGGAGGAGCCGCUGGAGCCUGAAGAGCAAAUUAAGUUGGAGAUGCGCAGGCAGAAGCAGGCAGGCCGCUCAGCACGUGUCAUCUAUGUUCUCCAGCAACAGGUAAAAGAGAUACAAGAAGAUAUCGAGAAACUACGAAGCCAGAAAAUGUGGGACACCAAAAAGUCCACGACAAUAAACAGACUUGCAGCUGCCCACAGAGGGACACUAAGGGUCUUGCAGUUUGUUGUCAACCAGCUUUCAGACCUUGCUCAUGGCAAGGUACCCCCUUAUUACAAAGAGCUGGGCCAGCUGAUUCGCCAGCUCUCUAUGUGCUCAGCUAAGGUUGAGGCAGAACAGGGUUCAGAGACGGCCUUCGACAUCCUGCAAAAACUAGACAUUUUGGAUUCUGCCCUCAAUAAGCAACAGCUGCUCGAAAAGAUGCAGGCCGAGGCAUGUCCUCCACACAGGAAGUCUCCUCAUCGCAGCACGUCGCCUACGAGUGCACCCAGGGGUCCCAGCAAGUCAACUGUUCGAGGUCCUCGAAAACCAGGAAAUCCCAAAAGAGCAGUCCAUGGUAAGAGAAUGGCCUCACAGAAGCCCAAAACUGCUUCUCACCAGCUCAUGAACAGAAGAGAGGUGCUCAGGGCCGGCCUGCAGAGCCUUGCCCAGAGAGAGCCGCGGGGACGACCUCAGACAAACACCACCUGCAGAGAAGGAGGGGAUCUACACUCUGGGAGAAGCAAGGCUGACGUUAUAAUUAAGCGUAAUCAGAUACAAGAAGCAGGUUUCCAGCAGCCUACAGUCUCCUCUCAGCUCAGAGUGAACCAACUCCCUCAAAAAGAGCACUCUGUGCCCUGGAUGCCUGCAUCGCCUCACUCUCCUCCUCCACAACGAUCCCCUCAAAGGAGAAGACCAGAGCCUCGAUGUCUCUUUUCUCCCAUGAAGCCCUCGUCCAGCCCUCCAAAGCCGGUGGUGAACGGUGGUUUGGAACCAGAGCCGGCCCUGAGCUCAGCAAAGAAGACACAAGCUCAGGACGAAGCAUUAAGGAAAGCCUGGCUGGAUAAGAUGACGAUGCAGAGACUGAAGGAGCUCAACCAGCUGAGUAAAGAAGAGGCUCGACGCAUUCAGACAUUAAGGUCAGAAGUUGUCUCGCCAACUCGGUGGGCUGAGAGAGCUGAGCAGAAGGCCAGGGAAAGAAUUCAGCCCCUUUUGGAUGAAGCACAGCAGAUCGGUGAGUCCAGGACGAGGAUCAGCCCCUCGCUGAGGAUUCGGCUGUCUGAGCAGGCUGCAGAGAGGGCAGCAGAGAGUGCUGAGCAGCUGAGUGAGGCGCUGCUGGAGGAUCUGUUGGAGGACACUGCGCGGGUGGCGUGGGCGGCUGAGACAGACAGACAUUUGGAGGGCAUGGCCCAGUGUAGGCUGCAGGCCCCCACCCUGGAGAGUAUGCUGCUUCGUAUGGAGGAGAUACAGAGAGACCAGGAGGAAGUGAGGAGACGGUUUGCUUCCAUCACCUACUCAGACCCUCUUUACUGGGACAGACCAGGAGCAGCAGGACCCCAGUGCCAUGUUCCGAGCUCCAGGCCAGCCUCUCCUCAGCCAAUUAGGCUCACAAGGCCAGUGCCGAGGCAGAGCUCUGCAGCUGAUAUUGUCCUAAAGAAACCCGUGGAGACUGGACACAGCAUCCUCUCUGAGAACAGCCUGACCGAUGAGGCAUCCCAAGACGAACAGCAGCCCAGACACAGCACCGUCUUCCCAGGCCCAGCGGAGAGGAGCACGGGGACUGUUAUCUCUGUGCCAGGCGGCAUGCUGGGAAACAUCCGGCGGUACAGGGAAGACUACGAGACUUACCUGCGCGUUGUGGCUCAUGAGGCUGUCGGCAGCUUCGACCCCUGGGCCAUCACAGACCGCCUGGCGGAGGAGCUGCUGUCGGAGGCUCUGGCUGACGUGGCAGCAGAGUUUCAGGAUGUUGUGGAGGAGUACGCCGAGGCCAUCUUCACCUCAGAGUUUCUUCAGCCGACCCAGUCACCUCCUGCAUCUGCUGCGGCUUCGGUCAGCCAAUAGGACGUCAAAGCAUCAUGGAUGUAGCAGUUUCUUACAAAUUACUAUGUGUAUUUAUUUUAGUAGAAAAUCUGCAUUUUCAGACUUUCAGCACAAAAGAUGUAAAUAUAAAAGACCGAGGGUCUUUUCGUCGACCAAGGACUAUGAUUAUUUGUCAUUUUUCUCUAGUUUCUCAGGUGGAUGCUUUAUUUUGGAAUGAAACUCUUUUAUGUUUGUAUUUAUUUUGUUCAUUUACAAAGAUCUAUAUUAAAUUGGGAUUGUAGAUAUUUCUUUCAAUGAAGCUGCAGCAUACGAGAUUGUUGAAUUGCACAGGGAGCUUUACUCACGAUACUCUUUAUGGUCCAUCUGUAUCUGUGAUUGAAUUCCGCCGGGAAAGUUAGUUUGGUUUAGAUAAGCUUUGAGAGACCAUUACGACAUUACAGAGGAUUAUAAGAUUACCACGCUCCCCUUCCACUUGGUUUAAAUCUCCAUGAGGAUUACUCACACUUUCUAUUUUUCACGUUGGCAUACGGAAAUUAAUUGCAUACGAUCCCCACCAAAAUGAUGUUGGAAGCCAAGGACAACUUGAUUUCCUCUUUUGCUUUAAUGUCUAAAUAAAGGGUCUAAACACAGCGAAAAGCUUUAUCUCCCCUCACUGGUAAAUGUUUUAUCCCAGUAAGCUUUGAUCACAGUGAGGAGAUACAGUAACGAGUAACGUGUUGACAUUAUUUUUAUUACAUUGGUUUAACACCACUUUUUUUUAAUGAUAUCUUAAAUGCUUCAGAGCCAAAUUAAAUAUGGGCACAAGAUUAUAUACUGCAUAAUAAUGGUUGGAAGUGUCGAUUCUGAAUUCA